UAGACUAAAAGUGUUAAACUAAGGACCAUUUUUCUCAUUUUCCCCCAAAACAUGUAACAAAAUUUCUGUCCCACCCCUUUCAAGGGUUUUUAAAGGGUUUUGCAUCUUCCUUGUAUCUGUUUGAAGAGACCAUGGCAGCCAUGAAUUAUGGUAAGAGAAUCCUCAGUUCACUUCGAUUAAGAAAUUCCCUGUUUUUUCCUCAGUUUUCACGAACUUCCUUGCCCAACCAUCAGGUUAGUAAGUACUCUUACCUUUCUACUUUUCUUGGUGCCCGUCAAAAUGUGUUCUUUUCAUCAAAACCUGAAUCUCUUGUAGACAUUAUAUUAUCCAAAGAAUGGUCUAAACAGUUAGAAAGAGAUUUAGGGAAACUUGAUUUUCCAGUGACCCAUGAAGCUGCUAUGUAUUUAUUAAAGAAACUUGAUAAAGACCCGAAAAAGGCUGGGGAUUUCUUGAAAUGGAUUGUUAAGCAAAAGGGGUUUGAACCUAGUUCUUCUAUGUAUAGUUUGAUGCUUAGGAUUUAUGCAAACAGGGAUUCAAUGAAGGAUUUUUGGACUACUAUUAAGGAAAUGAAAGAUAAUGGGUUUUAUAUUGAUGAGGAAACGUAUAAAUCGAUUUAUUCUGUCUUUCGGAAUUUGAAAAUGGAAACUGAUGCUACUGCUUUGAAGCAUUUCUAUGGGAGGAUGAUUAAAGAGAAUGCUAUGGGUGAUUUGGCGAAAGAUGUGUCUGAAUUGAUUAAGAAACAAGAAUGGGGAAUUGAGUUGGAAAGAGAAUUAGGGGAUAUGAAAUUAUCGUUGUCGGAUAAUUUUGUGCUUAGGGUGUUGAAGGAGCUUCGAGAAAUAGGAUAUCCGUUAAAAGCUUUAAGCUUUUUCAAAUGGGUUGCUAGGGAUUUAAGUUUUCAGCAGAAUACGGUUACUUAUAAUGGGAUUCUGAGGGUUCUUUGCCGAGAAGAGUCGAUUGAAGAGUUUUGGAGUGUGGUAAAAGAUAUGAAGAGCCAGGGUUUUGAAAUAGAUCUUGAUACAUAUAUAAAGGUCUCAAGGCAUUUUCAGAAAAUUAAGAUGUUGAAAGAUGCAGUUGAACUAUAUGAGCUGAUGAUGGAUGGUCAGUUUAAACCAUCACUCGGUGAGUGCAAUAAUCUUUUAAGAUCCAUUGCACAGUCCCAUCCCUCGAAUCUUGAUCUGCUAUUUAGAGUUGUGGAAAAAUUUGAGGCUGCAGGGAAUUCACGCUCAAAGAUUAUUUAUGAUGUCAUCCAUAGGUGUUUGACUAACUUGGGGCGAUUUGAGGAAGCGGAGAAGAUAACAGAAGCUAUGAGAGAUGCCGGAUUUGAACCUGACAAUAUCACAUACAGCCAAUUAAUCUAUGGACUCUGCAAAGUGAGGAGGCUGGAGGAGGCCUCGAAGGUGAUAGAUGUGAUGGAAGAAUGUGGAUGCAUUCCAGAUAUCAAGACUUGGACUGUUCUGAUACAAGGCCAUUGUUUUGCUGGUGAAGUUGAUAAGGCGCUGCUUUGUUUUGCUAACAUGAUGGAGAGAAAUGUUGAUACAGAUGCUGAUCUGUUGGAUGUGCUACUUAAUGGUUUUCUAAGUCAAAGAAGAGUUUUUGGUGCAUAUCAGUUAUUGACCGAGUUGGUAAAUAAGUUUCAAAUGCGCCCAUGGCAAGCAACGUACAAACUCAUCAUUCAAAAGCUCUUAGGGGAAAGGAAACUUGAAGAAGCGCUAGAUCUCCUCCGUCGGAUGAAGAAACACAAUUAUCCACCUUUUCCAGAACCCUUUCAUCAAUAUAUUUCAAAGUCAGGAACAGUGGAAGAUGCAGUGGAGUUUUUGAAGGCGUUGAGCGUCAAGGACUAUCCAUCUGUUUCAGCCUACCAACAUGUUUUCCAGUCCUUCUUUGCUGAAGGUAGACAUUCUGAGGCAAAAGAUCUGCUUUUCAAGUGCCCACAUCAUAUUCGCCAACACCCAGCAAUUUGUGGCCUUUUUGGUUCUUCAAAUUCUAACACUGGAAGAGUGAAAAGGUUCCCCUGGCAGAGCUUGAGUUCUGCUUAGGCACAAGGUUAGCAUCUGAUAAGAGCUCCCGAUGCUAACCUUUGCCAAGAUCUUCAACUUGAAAAGACAAACAAGUUAAUCAGAUAGCUCCGGAUGUCACUCUCUUGGCUGGUUCAUUCAACGUAUGCAAAAAUCUUGUCAGGUUCACAUCUUCCUGAAAAAUCUUCCACUCAGAAUCUGCAAAAGGAUUUGACUGCAGAAGUGCCUUGGUUUCUUUCUGCUUCUGCUGCCAGCCUCAUAAUUGAAGAAACUGAUGGAAUUUCUGAAACUAGCAAUCAUUAAUAUUCUGUUGGUUCGAUGGGAACUAAAAACUGCCUGGCUACAAAUUUUUCUUCUUCUGCAUUUUCAGACUCUGAAUAGUUGAUUUUGGAGAGUAAAUCUAAGAAGCUACUUCAGUUUGAGAGGUCAGCAGCAACAUGGAGCUAAGAAGUUCAGCUUUGGCCAUUAUGUCAUUUUCUUGUGUUAUGCACACUCAGACACGUACAACUUUAAUAUGUGGUUGUAUGUUAUCUGGUUGAAAAUUUAGUUGACAUUAAUUUUCACUUUGUUUACCAUUUAUCACUGUGAAAAAUUCUAAAUUUUACUCAAAGAACAAAGUCCAUUUGUUGUAUUAGAUUUUUUUUUUUUUUUUUUUUGGUUGUAGUUUCUUCUUUCAUUGAUUGAUAGGGUAAAAGUUCUUAUGCUGCGUCAUAGAGUCACUCAACUUGUUUAACUGUUCUUGUAGCCGCUCUGGAUUUUUUUUUUUGUCCAUUGAGUUGUAUUUACUAGGAGGUCUAAUUUUGGUUUCUUUGAUCAAACUCUUUGAUCUUUCAUCACUAUUUGGGCUGCCACAUUCAACUGUAGAAUAAGUUUGCACGAUGUUCAAGGACCUUUUGCAGUGGUGAAGAAUGAGUUGGACUCCCUUUAUUUUAAUGGUGCCUUGCUAUGCUACUUCAGGAUGUUGUGCCCCUAAUUUUCAUUUUCAAGUAAUACAAUGAAAAUGCGAAUAUAUGCUGUGUCUUUAGUCUCAACCUUCCAACAUAUUCACACCAAAAGAACUUCUAAACCACUUUUCAACAACAAAACACCUAGUAUAAUCCCACCAGGUGAGUCUGAGAGGGUAGAGCGUACGCAGACAUUGUAAAGGUAGAGGCUGUUUUCGAUAGACCCCUGACCUCUAAACCACUUUUCAAGUGCGAGAAUUGCCUUUCCAAAUGCUCUUUUAUUGAAAAUCUGAACUCUGAAGUUAUGUAAUGCAGUUUGAGUUGUAACUUAUUGGUCACUGAAUUGUCUCUAUUGGAAUAUAAGGUGAGGUCACGUAUUACAUUUUCAAGAACACAAACCCUUUGUUCUUCUAUAAUAUAAACUUUUUAAUUUGAUUAUAACAAUUUAGUACUAACUCGAUAAUUCAAUAUUUAUAUUUCAUUAUGUCAGAUAAAAGUAUUUGUCACAAGUAUAGAGGGUUCUACUAAAUUUUAUCCUUGAAUAUGUGAUGAAAGUAAGUGCCAAAUAAGUAUGUUCAGAAGACAAAUAAAAAUAACGCAUACUAUAAAUUUUCUGGUGUGCCAAAUUUAUUAUCUAUGUCUUCCAAACAUAAGGCUACUAAUAGAGUUACGAUCACAAAUUUCCAUCGCUAAAAGUCACCCAACAUGAGGUUCUUCUUGUCUCAAGAUAACGUGGUCCAUACAAUAUCCCUCACUUAAGACAAAAGCCACUCUAAACAUUCUAUGAAGAAAAAACAGGAACCUCAUCAAGAUGAACAACAUGAUAUUGAAAUCCUCAAGGCUGUUGCACAAGCCUGGCAUGGCCACUCCAGCAGCCGUAGAACAACAGCCGAGUUCGACGCGCACCGCCACAAUUUCAAGAAUAAGCCAUCAAGAUUCAAGCUUGAAGCUAUGAACAGGACAACUGAUGGUGGCACAGGCAAAUGGGAUUUCAACCAAUCACUUUGGGAUUCUUAUGAGAUUCUCAAUGUGUCUAAAAAGUUAGAAGCUGGGCUAGUGCUAGACCAUCCAUUGGAUGAACCAAUCCGAAUUGGACAGAAACGGAAAGAGAGUAAGAAUAGCUUAAGAAAUUUGCUCAAUAGUGUGUCUUCAAGAAGAUAUAACGAACCUAAUUUAGACACCAGAUAAGGAUGGUAUAUUUUUUAACUGUAAUCUUUCCAUUACUUUGGUAAUAUUAAAUUUGGUUUCGUUUUCUAAAAGAAGCCAAGAGAGCUCUAUUUCUCGAUUA